AUUUUGAAUAAAUAUUUUGAAAUACAUUUCAUUUGACGGUGACGCUGUAACGUUUUACGAGUAAAUUCUAUAAAAGUCAGUUUUUGAUUUCUUAUUCAACAUUGAUUUGCUUUCCCAAUAUUCUGCUCAAUUACCCUCUUCGUACAAUAAAAAAAUUGAUUGAAGCGUAAUAUUUUACACGAUGGGUAUUCCAGCUGGCAAUGCGGAGAACGGAAAGAAGGUUUUCAUGCAAAAAUGUGCCCAAUGUCAUCCGAUUGAGAAGGGUGCUCGUCAUAAGGUUGGACCAAACCUGCAUGGUGUAGUUGGACGUAAGAGUGGUUCAAUCGGUGAUUAUAAAUAUACGGAUGCAAAUAAAAGUAAAGGUGUGACUUGGACUGAAGACGCAUUAUUCGAGUAUUUGGAGAAUCCCAAGAAAUACAUACCAGGCACAAAAAUGGUAUUUGCGGGAAUCAAGAAGGCCGAAGAACGAGCCGAUGUUAUUGCGUUUUUAAAGAGCGCUAAAUAAAAUCCAUAAUUCUUGAAUGGCAUUCUGCUAUAUUCAUACAAUAUUAUAUGUUUAAUAAAUUCUAAAUUUAAAUAACUUAUUUGGUUCGGGAAUAUCGAAAAAUUUUAGUUGAGGGUUUUGUAUAAUGAUGAUAAGUUUUAGAUGCGC